CUGGCUCUGCAGGAAGCCCCCUCGGCCCAGCCCUGGGUUCCUGGGUGAGAGCUGGGCACCGCCUGGGUCAGCUGCCCGCUGGAGCCGCUGUCCCCGCCCCGCCCCGCAGGGGGAACAGACCAGAGGCUGAGCCGUUGAGGGCCGAGCCUGACAAAGGGGCCUGUGUGAGGGCUGGCCCUGCUGCGGCCGCUGGUCAGGGCACGUGGGAGUCAGUCUCGUCAGUCUCAUGGAGCGGAGGACCCCCGGCCGGCCCUAUGGGCGGCAGGAGGCUGGGGAGGCCUCGUCCAGGCUCUGAACAGCUCUAGGUGCACAGAGGGGCUGCCGUGGGCUGCAGACAUGGCCCAGCCGCUGCCGUUCGUCCUGGCUGUGUCCGAGGCCCCAGGGGACGAGGACAGCCAGGAGCCCAGCCCCUACGACGAGAGGGAAGUGCACGACUCCUUCCAUCAGCUGAUCCAGGAGCAGGUGGCUCGGGAGGGGCUGGAGCUGCAGGACAGGGCAGCGGGGGCCGCGGGUAGUGGCCACCACACUCUGCUGGGGCCCGGGGGGACCGUCGUCCACAGCACGGCCACGCUGCGCAUCUUGGCCAGCAUGCCCAGCCGGACGAUCGGCCGCAGCCGUGGCGCCAUCAUCUCCCAGUACUACAACCGCACGGUGCAGCUGCGGCGCAGGAGCCGGCCCCUGCUGGGGGAUGUGGUGCGCUCGGCCCGGCCCAGCCUCCGCCAGCGUGACCUGGAGCUGGACCCCACGGCGCAGGAAGAGGAGGAGAAGCGGAGCCUGCUGGUGAAGGAGCUGCAGGGCCUGGCGGGGGCCCAGCGGGACCACCUGCUGCGGGCCAUGCCGCUGAGCCUGGCCGAGAAGCGCAGCCUGCGGGAGAAGAGCCGGCCGCCGAGGGGCCAGCGCGGCCGGGCUGGGGUCUUGUCCUGCUGCGGCCGGCUGGGGGACACCUGCAGCCUGGCCUGGCACGGCAUGGGGCUGGCGCUGCUGGCCGGCCUGCAGGCCCUGACGCCGUGGCGCUACGCCCUCAAGCGGAUCGGCGGCCAGUUCGGCUCCAGUGUCCUCUCCUACUUCCUCUUCCUCAAGAGCCUGCUGGCCCUGAACGGGCUGCUGCUGCUGCCGCUGCUGGCCUUCCUGGUGGGCGUGCAGGCCGCCUUCCCGCCGCCCCCGGAGCCCGGCGCUGCCCGCGCCUUCACGGGGCUGGAGCUGCUCACGGGCGCGGGCCGCUUCACGGACAGCGUCCUGUACUACGGCUACUACAGCAACGGCACCCUGAGCCCGCCCUGUGCGCCCCGCGGGCCGGGCGGCCGGUGUGCCCUCGGCGCGGGCGGCCUGCACUACCACAUGCCCCUGGCCUACCUCUGCACGGUGGGCGUGGCUUUCUUCCUCACCUGCAUCACGCUGGUGUACAGCACGUCCCGCUCCUUUGGGGAGAGCUACCGGGUGGACAGCACCUCGGGCGUCCACGCCCUCACCGUCUUCUGCUCCUGGGACCACAAAGUGACUCAGAGGAGGGCCUCCCGCCUGCAGCGCGACACCCUGCGCACCCGGCUCAAGGAGCUGCUGGCCGAGUGGCAGCUGCGGCACAGGCCGCGGGGCCCGUGUGGGAGACUGCGAUAUGCGGCCGUGCUGGGGCUGGUGUGGCUGCUGUGCCUGGGCACCACGCUGGGCUGCUGCCUGGCCGUCCUCACCUUCUCCGAGACCCUCGUGGCCACAGAGCAGGAGGGGCAGCUGCUGGCGCUGCCCCUGGUGGUGGGUGUCCUCGGCCUGGGGGCCUCCUACCUGUUCCGCAGCCUGGCUGCCCUGGAGCGGCUCGACUCCCCGGUGCUGGAGGCCUACGUGGCCAUCUGCAGGAUCCUCAUCUUCAAGAUGGCCGUGCUGGGCGUCCUGUGCUACCACUGGCUGGGCCGCAGGGCGCCCACCCUGCAGGGCCGCUGCUGGGAGACCUUCGUGGGCCAGGAGCUCUACCGCUUCAUGGUGGUGGACUUGGCCUUCACGCUGCUGGACUCGCUGCUCGGGGAGCUGGCGUGGAGGCUCCUCUCCGAGAAGCAGCUCCGGAGGCGCCGGAAGCCCGAGUUUGAUAUCGCGCGGAAUGUUCUGGACCUGAUUUACGGGCAGACUCUGACCUGGCUGGGGGUCCUCUUCUCGCCCCUCCUCCCCGCCGUGCAGGUCCUCAAGCUGGUGCUGCUGUUCUACCUGAAGAAGACCAGCCUGCUGGCCAACUGCCAGGCCCCCCGCAGGCCCUGGCUGGCCUCGCGAAUGCGCACCGUCUUCUGCUCGCUGCUCUGCUUCCCGUCCUUCCUGGGCGCCGCCGUCUUCCUCUGCUACGCGGUCUGGCAGGUGAAGCCCUCGGGCGCGUGCGGCCCAUUCCGGGCCCUGGACACCAUGUACGAGGCGGGCACGGUGUGGGUGCGCCGCCUGGAGCGGGCGGGCCCCGGCGAGUCCUGGCUGCCCUGGGUGCACCGCUACCUGGUGGAGAACACCUUCUUCCUCUUCCUGGCCUCGGGGCUGCUGCUGGCUGUCAUCUACCUCAACAUCCAGGUGGUGAAGGGCCAGCGAGAGGUCAUCUGCCUGCUCAAGGAGCAGAUCCGCAACGAGGGAGAAGACAAAGUCUUCUUGAUCAACAGGCUCCACUCCGUCUACGAGAGCAGGGAGCGCAGGGCUGCUGGAGCCGAGGAGCCUGCGACACCCCCGGCCCUGCUCACAGAUGGACGGGACGCCACCUGCUGGGACAGCUAGGGCCUCCCAGGAUGCUUCACCCCCAGCUGCCCUCUUCCCAGACCGCCGGCGUGGCACAGUCUCCUGCAAGCUGUGGCCGGGCUGGACUCUGCCCCGCUGGGACUCUGUUUAUUCUCCUUAAAUGGGUUUUGCAGUGA